AUCCCUCAGUGCCAGCGCCAGUGGUAAGCGCUACGACAACCCAAACAAACAUUCACAGCCGUAUUUUUGACGAAGUUUAUAUCUGCGAAAAGUUUUACUUCGUUCAAGAUUGAAGGUUAAACGUAGAGUUGAACGAGUCUAUAUCGGAGUCUAGCUUGCUCUGGAGAAGGUCCUGCCUGUUCCUGUGCGGAUUCCAGUGAAUGCUUAACGAAAGAGAACAGAAACAGAAAUUCAAGAAUUCAAGGAGGCAUCCACUGGUGAAAUUUCAAACGGCAUUUUUUUCCUAAGGGCAAAAUCUUUGUGACAUCUUGAGGAUUGCUUCUUGGACAAGUCUUUUCUUUUUUUUUUUUGGUUAAAGGCUUGUUGUGCUGACAUGAAGACCUUCUGAUGUGGGAGAUUUUUGUUUAGUGUUUGAGCAUACAUAUCUAUGAAAUCAGAGCUUGAUAAAAGAUCUGCCUCAAUCCAACAACUGCAGAUUAAUAAAUGGGCAUCUUACAAAUGUGAUAUUAAAACAUAUAGAGAUAAAAGCGGCAUUAUAAUGCAUCAUCCAGCAGCAUCCCUACAUCACUAACGGUAACUGAAAAUGACGGCAAUGUAACAUUGGGUUUAACCUCCUUCAUUGUCAUGUGACUUUGAACCUUUGAGCAUUAUUUUCUUCAAACUUAGACAGUCUUCUUAAUCAGUUUAAUGAGGUGAGUGGUGGUUUCAGUGACCUCCACUUCCAAUAAAAGACUGUCUCUGAACUCUUUUCUUUUCUGCAUGCGUUUCAGUAGAUCUUAAAAUGAUUCGGUAAAAGGUUGACGUUAAAACGUACUGGCACGCAGUGUGGCAGGCAUCACCUGUGUCUCUCCCUUCCAUCUGGUGUCAAAGUGGAACUGCUACACAAACUGCUGUCCAAAUCCUAGGGCAGACAACUUCUAGUGACUGCUUUCUUACAGUAAAUAAGAUCCAAACAAUCACAAAUCAAUUAAUUUGCCAAUCAGUAUCAGGUUCAAUCAGAUUUUGUGUCUUACUCCUGGCAAAAGAGCAAAUGGUUCUGAUGAACUUGUGAAGGAUAUAAUCUACCCAAACUGGAAACUGUAGCACUCAGAAUUCAUCAGAGACGUGACUGGCACACAAGCUGCUUUGGAAUCUGGUUCAAGGAGGAAGAAUCGUCCCUUCAUAGACCUACACACUUCUGCUUUAAAAAAAUCUACUCCUCCUUGGUACAGUCGUUUUCUGGAUCAUCAUUCCAGAUCAUUCCUGCGACCUUUUGACGCAUCUUUAAGUGUUUCACCCUGGACGAAGGGAUCUGCCUCUGUGGAAAAGGGCUGUGCUGUCCUGGCGGAGGUGGAGAGGGGGUUGUGGGUGUGCUGCUCCCAGUCUGUCAGUGUGCACGCUCUGUGAUCAGUGCCAACGGGCCUGAGGAAGCGAGCCGAGCCGCACCAAGAGAGGAGGCAGAGGACUUCAGAGCCACAGACUCUGGGAUCCUGGCCAUGAGGUUUGAUGCCUCGAUCCACUGACCGGAAACACUGGACCUAAAUGGCGCAGCAUGACUUUGUCCCUGCCUGGCUUAACUUCUCCACGCCCCAGCCUGCCAAGUCCCCUGCUGCCAACCUUGAGAAACAAGGUGAGCCCCACCUCCACAGAGACGGCAGAACUGCUGUGAGUCGCCGCCGCCACAAUUCCUCUGAUGGCUUCUUCAACAAUGGCUCCCUGCGUGCUCCAGCAGGUGAUGGUUGGCAGCAGCCCUCUCUGCUCCUGAGACAUGACUCAGUGGACUCGGGGGUGGCCAAAGGAGGACAUGGUGGGCUGGCGGGGGGCUCCUGUUGGAAGGAAACACCUAGCUGGCACGGAGCUCCGCGGGGAGCCCAGGAUGGCCACCACCACCAGGGACGCCACCCCAAACGGGUAGGAGGAGACAGGGACAGGCAGGGGGGGCACCGGCAGCGCAAUGGCAACUUUCAUCCCCGAAAGGGCACCUCGUACCAGGACAAGUUCCCCAACGAGGAACGCAAAGACGGCAAGGACGACAAGCUCAAGUUCGUGGAGGAGGACUUUCCUUCGCUCAACCCUGAAACAACUGGAAAGCCUGGGACUCAGAUGAGAGCGGUGGCUCCACAUGCUGGAGUUUGGGAAAACCCCCCGAGUGGCAAACAAAUGGUGUCCAAAAUGCUGGUAAUCAAGAAGGUUUCAAAGGAGGACCCCAGCACAGCCUUCUCUGCGGGGUUUGCCACCGCUGGCGCCUUGCCAACCAACGGCAGCAAAGCUCCCAUCACAGGCUCCAGCGUUUACAAGAACCUGGUCCCAAAGCCUGCUGUGGCCCCCACCAAAAGCACCCAGUGGAAAUCCGGUGGUAGAGAGAUCACUAAGUCUGGUCUUCACAUGCCAGGCCGAGAUUCAGUCUUCACCAGCCCUGUCUCUGCAGCCAAACCCAGCACCCCUGUCAGUGCACCACAGCACAACACCCCGAAAGAGCACCCUUCCAGCACGACUCCUCCCAUAGACAUCGCCCCGUCAAGGCUGAAGCUGAUGCGCCGCGGUCCAGACCGUAAGAGCGAGUUUCUGCGGGCUUUGAAGGACGAGGGCACUGGAGAGCUGACGACAAGCAGCAGCCCGGGAACAUCAGGAGAGGGAGAAAGCAGCACCCCAGAGCCCAAAGCGUACAGCGAGGAGGUCUGUCAUGAAAACGGCCUGUCCUACUCCCUCAGUGACUCAGACACCGAGCACCUGUCCAGCUCCCUGGAGGCAGAGCACCGGUUGCUGAAGGCCAUGGGCUGGCAGGAGUACCCGGAAAACGAUGACAACUUCCUGCCGCUGACAGAGGACGAGUUGAGAGAGUUCCAGACUAAAACUGAACAGCUGAAGAGGAACGGCAUGCAGAGGAACGGGGCUCUCCCGAGGGCGCGGGGUGUCACCCUCCACUUCACCCCCUGGAGGAGUGUGGCGGAGGCGAAUGUCGAGGAGGGCUCCGAAUCCGAAACCAGUAGCAGCAGCCAGACCUCUGACGACGACGACUGCAUCAAAUCCUAACGUGGCUUUACGGAACAAAAAAAAUAAACAACAACACAACAGCCAACACAACAUCCCAGCAAGCAAUCCCCCACUUCCUCUCUCAUCUUUGUUUUUAGAGCACCAUUUUGAAUUUUCUUUUUGUUUUGAUUUUUUUGUCAUUCUUGCACAAGGGAAAAACCAAUCAUAUCCCAGUGAAGGAGGAGAUUCCUGCUCAGCCAGACGUCGUUUUCCCUGCGUGUCCUCCUUCACUGCAGUCCCUGCCCUCUUUGACCCACCUCCUCCCUCUUCUCCACCCUCAACCCCCACAUCCUCCCUCCCUCCUUUUUUUCUUCCUCGCUUUGUGGAACUGAAGUGUUCAUCAAGAAAAGAAGGGCAAUGAAUGCACACUUGAUUCUGCUUUAAACAGACUAACUCAUUUCAUUGAUGAUGCUGAUGACACAUUAUUAAUGAUAUUAAUAAAAAUUGGUUCCUGACAAGCUGAUAUGUUUCAAUAUGA